CAGACUAAACAUUGGGAAAACUUGACUCACAGUGCGUUGUUUUAGUCUCGUGACAUGAGGAAAUAAAAUGUGCCGGUCGGUUGUUUGCUACUAUUCAUCACUCUUUAACCACCAGGAUAACUUCUGAAAAAGGAUCGUCUCAACAUGGAUUUGAGAGUUGGUGUUGUUUUGCUCUGCGUGAUGGGGCUCACCUGUGCAGAACUGGUCAAAUACAUAGACUGUGGCUCUUCUACAGGCAAAGUGAUGACUGUGGACAUUAGUCCUUGUCCCUCUCUGCCUUGCCAGCUGCAUAAAGGACAGUCCUAUAGUGUCAAUGUGACAUUCAACAGUGCUGUGCAAAGCCAGACAAGCAAAGCCUUGGUCCACGGUGUCAUCGCCGGAGUACCCGUCCCCUUCCCGAUUCCUAUCGAGGAUGGCUGCAAGUCUGGAAUCCAAUGUCCCAUCAAGAAGCAGCAAAGCUAUCACUAUCAAAACACGCUGCCCGUCAAGACUGUGUAUCCUGCGAUAAAGCUGGUGGUCGAGUGGGAACUGAGAGAUGAUGGAAACCAAGAUCUGUUCUGCAUUAAGUUUCCUGUACAGAUUGUUUGAAAUAAUUAAUCUGCACAUUUUAUUAAAAGAAAAGGGAAUUUUGACCAGUAAAGGAUUCUACAUAGAAAUACUCGUUUUACUCAUUCUGCAAACUGGUUUUAUAAUGCUUAUUUUUGCACAAUUUGAUUGUAGCUCACCAGUAUUUAGAAUAGUAUGUUGCAGACAAGACUCGGUAAACGUUUUGAUUUGGAAACUCUUGAUUCAGCCGCUACAUUUUCCUAAUGGCUGCUAUGUAGUCUGAAUUUACACAGCGAUCAUUUCAAACUGCUUGGACCUUUGUAAUUUCUUACUAUUAAGAACUUGGAAACUGUAAAUGUAAUGAAAAUAAAGAAUUAUCUCAA